AAAAAAAGAACCUCACAACUACCCAAAUUAAUCAAUUCAAAGAGGCUGCUCUGUUCUUCUUCUUCUACUUCUUCCGUUCCAAUCAUUCACUUUCCAGCAAUCGUGGUUCAUGGAAGCUUACUACUACUAUCCGCUCCGGUCAUCUCGAUGGCCCUUCUUCCCUGCUUCUUAUUCCCUCUUCUCGCAACGCUCCGCCGCCGUCCUCCGACAAAACUAUAUCCGAUGGGAUGAGACGCAGGACUCACACCUCUUCACUGCACAACUCGCAGGGUUGAGAAAGGAGGAUAUCAGAGUGGAGGUGGAGGACUCCAAGUACAUGAUCAUCAGGACCGAGCGGGCGGUCAUCGACGACGACGACGACGAACAUAGACCAGAGUUCAUAAGGAAGUUUCGGUUGCCGGAAACGGUCGACGUCGAGGGCAUCGUAGCGAAGUACGAGGACGGAGUGCUGACGGUGACCGUGCCGAGGUCGAUGAGUCUGGGGCGGAUAAGGAUCAGGCGGGAUGAUGCGGCGGAUGGGCGCAACGCCGUAGCUCGUGCCGCUUAAGGAAGAAGCAUUCAUUUGGGUGUUUGAAUCAAUUGUUGUAAGAUAAAGUCUGUUAGGAUUUGAUAUCUGUGAUUCUUCGUUCAGGGUUUAAUAUAAGGAUCUAAGAUGAACUCAGUCUACUGUAAAAAUCCAUGCUUGAAUUCCACUAGAUGUAUAAAGAUAUCUGUUGCAGAUGUUAAAGCUAGUGAAGUUGCAGACAAAUUCAUUUGAA